AUUGGUGCCAUUAAGCGUUUUGUUUUUGUGCUCAUUUUUUGGGUUAUUUUGAAUAAUAGCAUUUUCAAGUUAUGUCAUAAUCUAUUUUCUUAAUGUUUAGAUUUCAUUAAUCGCUAUGUUUUAGUGGUAUAUGUAAAAACCGAGUAUAAGUUAUGCUAAAUCGGUGCUAAGAGACGAAUCGCCUGCUGGUUCGCUGACGUUAUAGGCUCAGUUUGUUGUAUUAGCUAAGUUAGCUUGAUUUCGAGAUGUUUCUCUAUUAAUUGGAAUUUUCCAGAGCGUAAAUGACCAGUAAACGAGUUCUCCUCAGCUGCACCGUUAUAUCUCUCCAGGAUACUCGUUUUCUGUAUCCAUGCUGUAACUUUUGUCUGUCCAGAUUAAUAGAGGAGUGUGAUUUAAGGAGCAGAUGCCCAAAAUGUGGCUUGAGAUAUGAUAACAAAAACAUAUUUGGUUUGACAGUUUUUGGAGGUUGUCUGAAUUCCUUUUUUGGUAUUACUGCUGGUGAUUUGCAGAGAUUUGUUUGUUCAGAAAGACAAGGCCUUCAAAGCGUACAGCAUCUACUAACAAAAGCAGUGGAAGAUUGCUUUAUAGGAAAAUGUUUUGUUUUUGGAUUUAAGGCUUCUGGUCUUGAUAGCGUCUUAUUUCAUGAACACACUUCUUCACAAGGUUUCAGUACUGAAUCUGCACAGUUUGUGGCUUGUCAGAUAAUUUCGCCAAAUGGAGAUUUUCUGGGUAUCACUGUUUUUGCUUACUUGCAAAGGCUCCUGGAGGCUUGUUGCUUCCCACACCCUUCUGUAUCCACCAAAGCUGUUUGUCAGUUGCAGCAGAAAGAUUCACUGGUGAGCAGCUUUGAGCACACUCCUCCUUUAUGUUCAGAAACAAGCUGUUCAGGAUUAACACUUUCAUGUCUAUGGCAACCAACAACAGACUUGGUCUUAUCCUUCUCUCCAGAAAAAACAAGUGGGCAUUCUUUACAACAGCUCUCUAUAGAUGGAGUCCAUAAUGAGCUGUCUUGCCUUGUAGAUCAGGUGAAAAGUGAUUAUGGUGUAUGGUAUACAGCAUUUUGCACUUUCAAACAAUGUGAAUCAAGUGUGGAACAAAACAGCCGUUCUGCUUCAGUUAAUUCCUUAUCCACCAUGUUGUCAAUGGCUGACAAAUCUGAUUCAUUUGCAGCACAAACUAGUUUAGUUGUACGUGAUACCUUAAAACCCACAACCACCAUGUCCUGUGGUCUUGAGUCUGAAAGACCUCCCUGGAUAUCAGAAAUGUUAUCUGGUAGAGAGUGCAGUGCAUCUUUUUUUGGAAAGUCACUUUUUAAUUACUCAGUUCAAAAUGGAAGUAUUGAUUUGGGUUUUGAUGCUCCUCUGUCAGAAACAUUGAGAGGAUUUGUCAACAGAGAGUCACAAAUUUCAAAGGAAGUUAACAUGAAGGUACUUGGAUCUGCAAGCAAGUGUAGUACACUUGAAAGAGAUUGGAUCUUGCCCCAAAAGACUAAUUGUGUUUUGCUUGAAGAUCACAUGGUUUUGGGUUGUUCAUCAGACAUUCAGGCAUUGUGCUCUUAUCAAUCAGCUCUCACCCCAUUGCACAAUAUCUCCAACAUAAUCAAAGCAAAAGGCAAUGAAAAGUCACUAAAAAGAAAGCACGCAAAGAGAAAAGUACUCUCUAGUUCUAAACGUAUCCUUCAUACUCUAAAAGUAUCGCAGGUCCCUAAGGACUAUAGUGUGCUCUCAUGUGGCACAAACUCAAAAGUAAAUAACUUAACAAAGAACUCAGUCAGUACAAUUUGUUGGUUACCAAAUGGCCAAAGUGGAUACUGUUUUGAGGACAUCAUGCAAGUAGAUCAUGCAGUGUGCCCUGAAAUGCAAAGUCAAGACAUCGAAAAACAAAUCACUUUUGGUGAACACAAAGAUGAAUACAAUUGCUCAGCAGACCUGUUUUACCAAAACGACACUGACACAAAUGCUCCAGAUGUCACUGAGAGGUCUGACUGUGAUCCAGAAAUAAAGAAAUGCCAUAUCUUGGACAUCAGUGUUUCUGGACCUGAGGUUUUGAGCUCCUUCCAUUUUGAACCUUCUCUGCAAUCAACCCCUAGAGCUUAUCCAUAUAAUAAGUGCUCAUAUGCUCAGAGCUGUGAGUCUAGCAAAAAAGACUCAGUCUUGCAAUGUUCUAAGAAACUAAUGACAAGAACUAGUGUCAGAGUUAUGAGAAACCACAGUGAUAUCAGACAUGGAUCUAAGGCAGGAAAAACAGAAUUGAGUCAAACUCAGAGUUCUGAUUUUUCUUUUAAAAAUCAUGAAGCUUCAACAAGUGAUUCUGAGGUGGAAAGGAACACAGAACAUGAGCUUGAAGACUCCGUUUUACACAGCAACAUUAACGAGUGGUCCAGAGAUCUUUUUGCAUAUUCCUUUUAAAUAAUAGUUAAAUAAGAUGAAAAUAUUUUGUACAUUUUACUAAUUGUAAUUUCAACUGUGCAUGUGUCUCGUUUGUUAGGAGUGUAAUGGGAUAUUAAUAAAAUGUAUGUAUUUUUCCGGAAAGAAACCUAAUUCUUUUAUUGAUAUAAAUAAAGACUCCUGGGAUAUGUCUCGCAGACAUGCAACUUGUAGGAUUGCGUCAUCAGUUAAGUGUUUUGUUUUGGGGUUGUUUGUCUAGGAUUUUAACUGCUAUUUCUUUAAUUUUU